AUGAAAAGUAAUCCAUAUAUUAAAAAAUUUAAAUUACCUUCAACCGAGUUAUUAAUUAAUGAUUAUUCUGCUGCAUUACAUAGACAAAUUUUACAUCAUAGAUUAUAUCUUUUUACGGCCAAACUUGUUACAAGUAUUAAAAAAAAGAGUAAAAAGUUCCAAUUCCCAGUUGGCAUUGAAAUCAUUGCAAAUGGAAACAAGUUAUCAAUUGCAUCAUUUGUAUCAAGAGAUAAAACAUUUAAUGAAUUAAUGGUACAAUGGAAAGAAGUAACUGGUGAAUCUCAUGAUGAAGUUUCAUCUCAUAGUAUUGAUGAUGAUGAAGAUGAAUCAUCAAAUAGUGUCUUUGAAGCCGAGAGUCAAUCAUUUAAUAAUAAUAGUAAUGGUAGUGGUACCAUGAAUACCAAUCUGGUCAAUGGUAAUGGUAAUCAAUCUGAACAAUCAUCUCAAAGUAGUGGAUUUCAACAAACUGUCAAUAAUAGUCUUGACCAUGUAAAUAAUAAUAAUAAUAAUAAUAGUAAUAGUAAUACAGAAACAACUCCUACAAAUACAACAAUAACAAAUAAUCCUGAACAAACAAAUCAACAACCAACAACAGAAUGUAAUAAUAAUAAUAUAAAUGGAGUUGUUCUUAAUAAUAAUAUACAAAUAGAAAAACCACAACAACAUGCACCACCAACCGCAGCGGCAGCAGUAGUAGUUUCAGAAAAAAGUGUUUUUGAUGAAUUGUAUGGAGGAAUUGAUCAAUUUCUAUCAGUUAAUGAACAAUCUUCAAUAUUGGAAAGUCAAUCAUCAGAUUUUGAAGAACUCCUUACCGACAAUUUCAAUUGCAGCACUACCAACUUUUUCAGAGCUCUCUGUUCAGAUAUUUACAUUUAUUAUCAUACCAAACGUGGUGAUAAAAAUAUAAGUGUAAAAAAUUGGACAACAAGAGAAAGAUUUGGAACUGUUAGAGAACUGGAAUAUGUAGCACCAGUAAAUUCACCAAUUGGACCAGAUAUAACUAGAAUUCAAGAGACACAGAGAUAUCAUCUAACACUUAAAAAGUUGGUCAUUGAAACUGAUACUAUUAUGCUCGAUAUUCCAUAUGGUGAUCAUUUCAGAAUUGAAGCAAUCUGGGAGGUUGUGGAGACUUCACCAGAUACUUGUCGAUUGACUAUUCAAAUAUGUGAAUCAAAAAGACUUGGUUCAAGAGCAAGAUUGAAACGAGCACCAUCAAAGAAUCCAAAGCUAGCUGCACCAAGUACUGUUGGUGGUGCUGCUUUACCAUCGAUUAAUAUUACCUCUUUGAAUAGAUCGAUUGAAAAGAUUAGAGGAGAUGAAGGUGUUGGAAGUGGUGUUGGUGGUGGCGAGGGAAGAAUCGAUUCACCCAAACCACAUCAUAGUAGAUCACGUAGUAGACAACAUUUGGUAUCAUCUUCAAGUUUCAAAUCUAAUUUACAACCACCACCAGCGUCCACCCCUUCACCAAUUAAUUUAGGAUUCAAUCAGAAUCAAAAUAAUAAUAAUAAUACUUCACCAUUGACAUCGAUUAAAGAAAAUGAGGAUGUUACCUUGGUAGAAUCCAAGAAAAAGAGAACAACCUCUUCUUCACCAUUCCGAUUACAAGUUACCUCUGAUUAUGGAGAUUUGAUCAUCACUGGUUAUCCAAUGUUUUCUGUUAUCAUUAUGCUCUUGUCUCUAUUCUUUUAUAUGUACUUGAAGAUUAAUUCUCUCGGUACUCAAGUUGGAACUUUGGAAUCAUUAUUAUCUAAUAUCAUAACAUUGAAUCAACAACUAAACCAACAACAACACCAACAACAAAUAGUUACACGUACAAAUUCAUAA